UGCUCUGUGAGCUGUGAGCGGCUGCCUCAGAGGAAUUGUCCAGGCAGAGCCUGAAGGAUCCAGGAUCACAGCACUCCCCAGGUACUCCUGUCUCCUCUGCCUAUGGAUGCUGCUGGCACCAAGGACACAGCUCCUCUCCCAACACCCACCUUUGUGGAAAUAAAAAUCCCCAAGCAGCCCAACACGUUUUCAGCCAGGAGUGCAAACCAUGACUGAACGCCCAAGGCCUGGACACCCACUCUGCUUCUCCCUCACCAAAAAGAUGUCCAACAACACAACAGAGGCCCCCAGCAGCGCUCCCCGAGCCCUCCUAGGCCUGUUCCUGGGCAGCAUCUCCCUGAUCACCAUUGUCAUGAACAUCCUGGUGCUGUGUGCCGUGAGGACGGAGAAGAAGCUGCAGACCGUGGGCAAUUUAUACAUCGUGAGCCUCUCCAUCGCCGACCUGAUCGUGGGGGCGGCCGUCAUGCCCCUCAACAUCGUGGACCUGCUGAGCUCCCGGUGGCCCCUGGGGCUGGCAGCCUGCUUGUUCUGGCUCUCCAUGGAUUACGUGGCCAGCACGGCCUCCAUUUUCAACCUCUUCAUCCUGUGCAUGGACCGGUACCGCUCGGUGCAGCAGCCGCUCCGGUACCUCAAGUACCGCACCAAGAUGAGGGCCUCGCUGCUCAUCCUGGGGGUCUGGCUGCUCUCCUUCACCUGGCUCAUCCCCAUCCUGGGCUGGCACGUCUUUGCCAACAACGGGCACAGGAAGGUGCAGGGGAACAAGUGUGAGACGGAGUUCUUCACGGUGACCUGGUUCAAAGUGCUGGCGGCCAUCUUUAACUUCUACCUGCCCUCACUGCUGAUGCUGUGGUUCUACUGCAGAAUCUUCUGCACUGUUCGAAAGCACUGCCAGCACAGAGAGCUCAGCAAUGGCUCCUACUGGUCCUCCGUGGAAAAAACCACCACUCCUCAGACCAAGACGAAGGAUGAGAAAAAUAUCUGCCUCCAGGAGCAAGUCAUAGGUGGGAACACCCCCGGUGCAGAAAAGAAAAACUCUCCAGAGCCCCAUAAAGUGGAGGCAGAGCUUUGUUUCAGCCAUCCUGACGGAGCUUCAAAGGCCCUGAGUAAUGGGAAAGUCCUGAACUGGAGCUGCUUCUCUCUCAGCACAGCCAAGGCUGAGCCUGGCGUGGAUAAAGCGGGGAAGAGGAGAGUGUGUGCCACGGAAAACCCUGGGAAUGAGGAGCAGCCUGGCUGCCAGGACAGUGACUCCAGCGGGGCCUCAGACCACCACACCUUCACUGAGGUGGCAGAGCCCAGCCCCAGAGGAGCCUGCUGUCCUCAGGGGAGGACGGAGCGCAGGGACUCGAGGGGAAUGGCAUUCCUGAGGAAAACCUGGCACACCCUGCACGGGCGCUCCAGGAGCAUCCAGUGGCACGGGAACAGGGAGAGGAAGGCAGCCAGGCAGCUGGGGGUGAUCAUGGCAGCCUUCAUGCUCUGCUGGAUCCCCUACUUCGUGCUCUUCAUGGUGAUAACCUUCCACGACCACAAGCAGCUCUCAGAGCUGCACAGGGCCACCAUAUGGCUGGGCUACAUCAACUCCACCUUGAACCCGUUCCUCUACCCUCUCUGCAACCAGAAUUUCAAAAAGACUUUUAAAAAGAUCCUUCACAUUCAUUGAUGCUGGUCUGGGGUUUUGGAGCUAAAGUGCAGCUCAGGAUUUCGACCAAACAAAAUGUUCUGGUUCCAAAGCAUGGGUUCCCCAUUAACAGUGAAAGACUUUGGCAAACUGUAAUCUCUAAAAGUGGGAAAUGUGCAUUUAAUAGUCUUAACACAUUUAAAGAGCAACUUUAGGUCAAGAAUCUGAAAACCUCAAGGUCAGUACAUGAACUGUUACACUGUUGUCAACCUUUCACCGCUUGAAACCACCACUUCCUUCACAGAAACCUCUUCAGUGAUUAUAAAUUAGUCAGCUACAGAAAAGGAAGAAAUCACAUUUCUGUCAUUGGCCAAAAACAUUUUUUUCUUUCAACUUACUCCAUGAAACGCAUUGCUUGUGAAAUGAGAUUUGCAAGUGGAGGUACUUUGCACAGUCAAAGAAAGAACUUGCAUCUGUUUAAAAAAACUCCCCUAUUUAUUUACAUCUUCCCCCAAAGCACAAACUUUUCAUCAAAUGUCAAGUUUUCGUGUGUAUCCCACUGUAUCUCUUUGAUAUAAUGCUUAUAUUAACUGUACAUUACCUUUGCUGGAAAAAAAAGUAGAUUUUUUAUGUCCCAAAAGAGUUUCCAUGCUCAAUAUACUAUCAUCAUCUGUUCCAGAAGGGUGUGCUGCUGUUCCUAGACUUGCAGAAUAUAGCUGAUUAUACAUGAAAUAUGUUUCCCUUUUCUACCCUUUGUAUUUAAUUGUAUUUCAUAAAUCUUGCUGUCAAAUAUUUCAGGAGAAAAACACAAUAAUUAAAACUCAGUAUUGGAAAAGACACCAAGAAGAUGUUGAAGCACAACUGAAAGCUGGGCUGGCUUUGAUGUUUCAAAGAAAAAAGGAAUUCCUCUCAUUCAUUUUGUUAUGCUGCUGAAUUUCCCACAUUCUGAACAGUUUCUGAAUUGCAUUUAAAGGAUUCAAUAUUAAAUGAAGCUCUAAUAUGUCUGCAUUUUAAUACAUUGGGGAAAUGUGCUAAAGGAAUAAACCUAAAUUCAGGCUGUAUCAGUGCAUCAUGCAAGGUUCAGAGAUUAACUGACUUUGGUUUCAAGUUGCACACAGGAAAAAUUGCAAUUAGGAAUCUUAAAUCUAGGACAAAUAAGGCAAAAUGCAGAGAGAAAACAUAAAACCAACAAAAUUCAUUGCAGAAUUCAGACAACUUUUGCACUGCAGGAGGAACACCUGCACAAGAAGUGAAAUGCACCUUUUUGGAGCAGAGAACAGAACCUUUUGAAACACAUUCUCUAAUCCCUGGCCUUCCACAAACAAUUGCUGAGGUUCACAGCCAUUAAAUUGUUUUUUUUCCUAUUCUGAUUUGCAACAGCAAUUCUGGCCAGAAUGGAUGGUAAUUUAGAUGAUCCCUGAGGAAAUAAAAGUUAGCCACAGUUAUUAGUGCUGAAAACCACAUUUACCUAAGGGCUGCUGAGAGUUAUCAGGAAAUCUGUCCUGUUGCUCAUGAAAAUUGCCUUUUCUGACCUUAAAAUGUACUAAUACAUGACAAAACCUCAGCAAGACCAUUGAAAAUUGGUCUAAAAAUGGUGGUGACUGUAACAACAAAAAUGUUUGGUAAAAAAUAAAGAACA